UGAGAUCUGCUCACACUUUCUUCCUACCACUUUGCAGAGACUGAAGACAUCAGGAAAGAUCAGCUGCAAUUGGGGGUUCUGCUUACAUGGCUGCUCCAAUCUGAAGGAGGCCCGAGAAACAUUUACAAGUUUUGAUGAAAUCUUUCUCUAGCAAAGGCCAAUAAGAAGAAGAGGAAUACUUGAAAACAGGAUGUCGAAGGUCAUCCCAAGCCAUGUAGUACGGGUUGGACAGACAAUAUGUGUUUCAUCCCAGGAAGAGCAGUGCUUGCAUAAGCAUGGGUGCUCACCCUCUCACGCAUUGCCCACAAAGUACUUUUAUUACUCAACUGAGGGUUUGGACAGACGGAGCUCACUUGCCCAAACCAGAGGGUGCUCAUUGCCCAAGACUGAACUCUUUAGCUCUUGGAAGCCUAGUACAGAGACCACACCUAUGAUGAGGUCUCCAACCCCAGAAUGUCUGCAAGAGGAACCGUUAGACACAACCGGUGACACCUGCCCAUUCUCUCCUACUUUGGAUAUAUCCAUUGAGAACCUGAAUCGUCUGAUCCUGGAGAUAGAUCCCACUUUUCAGCCUCUCCAGCUAAAGCCGGGCCCAACCCAGACUCCUGCACACGUUAUCCCAUGUGAACAAAAGCAUGCCCCUGAUUCCCCAGACAUAAAAUACAUUGAAAUGUCACCCACCAGAACAAAAUGCACUGAGUCCUUGCAGAAUUCAGCAAGUCCUUCUGGAACUCCGCUCUCGGUAUCUCCCCCAAACCAUAACCGACUGUUGCUCCAUAGACAAAGCCCUGUAGAUAACUCCAACCUUAGAGAUCACACUACUUCUUUAUGCAGUAACAACCUCAGAGGCACCCAACACUUCCAGCCCACAGAGAGACAAUCACCAGUGCCCUUUCAAGCAUCUGCGAGCAUCUCCAUUCCAAAGCAGAAUGUGAACAACGCUGCCACCAGUGGGUCAAACUCUAUCCUGGCUACCUCACCGGGCUUUGAGAACUUUCUGAAGCCUUCUCAGUUUGGGAAGAUACAGCAGCGGUGCAGCGAGGCAUCUGUACUUUCAACAAGUCCUGGGUCGGAUACCAGUUACAUUCUGGGAAGCAGCACUCAGUCGUUGCCCAGCAAUGAACCUGACACCCCUCUAACCAGGUCAAUGGGAAGUCACUCUUCUGUUGGCUCCAUGAGUGCCUCUUCCAUUGGCACACGAGGCUCAGAGGGCUUCAACUCCACUGUCACCUCCUCCCCGAAAGUGAAUUCUCCGGUACCACCAUCAUUCCAGAAGGGACAUACCCCACCUGCUCCUCUUUCUCCCAUUGCAAACUCCGCACACCCCACCCCCAUUUUGCUCGUCAAUGGCUGUCUUGAACAUGGCGAGAUGUCUGCAAAACCUUCCAAGGUUCACCAGGGUUCUUUCCAACAGAAGAUACCCCCACCAAGCUCUGGCACCGUUUCAGGCAUUGGCAGUCCCAGCAAGACCUCUUCAGAGAGCUCGCUUACUUCUUUGUCAUCUGGGGAAAGUUGUCCCAGAGAAGCCCAGACAACCAUGAAAUUUGUGCUGGACACCUCCAAAUAUUGGUUCAAACCAAGCAUCUCGCGGGACCAAGCUGUUCAGCUGCUGAUGGACGAACCCCCUGGUACUUUCAUCAUGCGGGAUAGCACCUCUUUCCGUGGGUCCUUUGGCUUGGCCAUGAAAGUCUCCAGCAGCAAAACAGGGGAAGAUGGUGGCCCUGAUGGCAUCAGGCACUUCCUCAUCGAGUCUUCCACCAGAGGAGUUCAUCUUAAAGGGGCUGACGAAGAACCCUACUUUGGAAGUCUCUCAGCAUUUGUCUAUCAACACACCAUCAUGCCUCUAGCAUUACCCUGCAAACUGGUGAUCCCCAGCCAAGAUUUUGUUGGUGGAGAGGAAAAUCUUGGCAUGGGCACAGAAGCCACACUUCCCCUUCCAAAGAAAGCAGCUGUUUGCAAUCUCUUGUACCUGCGCUCUGUGACCAUGGAGACUCUCACCGGCAAAGCAGCAGUUCAGAAAGCUGUGUCUUCCACUUUUGAACUGGAGACUCCGCCCACACCCACCGUUGUCCAUUUCAAAGUCACCGAGCAAGGAAUUACCUUGACAGACAUCCAGAGAAAGGUUUUUUUCAGACGUCACUACCCAUUGGCCACCAUCAGCUUUUGUGACCUGGAUCCAGAAAACCGGAAGUGGCAAAAAUUUUCCAGGACUUCAAGGAUCUUUGGUGUCGUUGCCAAGAGCCCAGCCGACUCCGAAAACAUUUGCCACAUCUUUGCAGAGUAUGACCCCGUGCAUCCGGCUUCUCACAUUGUUGACUUUGUGAAGAAAAUCCUACCUGCUGCUUGAGGUUGCCUGAGCGCUGAGUGCUUCCUUUCCCUGCUGUCCCCCCCCCCCGUGCAGACCCCCAAGUUACCGACUCCCCUUAACUUCUGAAGCUUUCCCGGGGGUUGCAUUUUGAGGCUACGGAGACGAGAGUAAACUGCCCUGCAAGGGGGCUGGUACAGAAAUGUGAUCGUGGGGAAGGGGGGGUGGUUUGCGGGAAGAUCUGGUGCACGCUGACUGUGUUGUGUGCAGAAGGGGCCAAGUUGUAAUUUCCUGUCUUUCCAUUUUUUUGUGUGUGUCUAUGCUUUCUUUGGACUAUUUAAAUGUAAGGACUCUGCUCAUGGAAACGACUGUCCCAUCACAGGCAAAACUGCACGGUUUGCAAAGACAGGAGCACGGGCACCGAAUGGGCUUGCCAACAAUAACGUUGCCUAGACUGUUAGGCCUGAACUGUUGAAAUAUUGUCUGUAACUGAGGCCUUUUGAUGUAUGUUAUCUAUUUCUCUCCUUCAUUGUUUGGGAAAGGGCAGCACAAUAAACUCUGACUUUGCAA